UGGAUCUUAAACUCGAAAUAGCUCUUGUUCUGAUGGAGAGGGGCGUUGGCUAGGCAACCUCCGGUUCCACAUAUUCUUCUGCCGCUCUUGACGAUGACCACAUCCGUUCCUGAAAAAAACGAAAAUCCCAAACAGAAGACCAUUGGUUGUCUGGCCGUGCCACGCAGCAACAUUUGGAAAACCAUGGAGUUACUGGAGGAGGACCUCACGUGUCCUAUAUGCUGCUGUCUCUUUGAGGACCCGCGCGUGCUGCCCUGCUCUCAUAGCUUUUGCCGAAAAUGCCUCGAGGGCAUCCUGGACGGUCAGCGAGGUCCCACUUGGCGCCCCCCGUUCAAAUGUCCUACCUGCCGCAAAGAAACCUCCCACAACGGCAUUGCGAGCUUGCAGGUCAAUUACUCCUUGCGGGGAAUCGUUGAGAAGUACAACCGAAUUCGCGUGCUGCCGAGGAUGUCCCUCUGUCGCGAGCAUCACGGGCAACCGCUCAACAUCUUUUGCGCCACAGAUCUGAAACUUAUCUGCGGCUUCUGCGCCACUACCGGCGACCACAAGGGACACAAAUUCUGCGCUCUGCAGGACGCUUACGAACAGGAGAGGGCUGCCUUCGAGGAGCUCUUCCGCGGGCUCGAGAGCUGGCGCAGCGCCGAGGUGCUCUCGUGCCUGGAGGCGUUGGAGAGCAGCAAGAAGAAGGCGCUGCAGCUCGUGUCCAGAGACGCGGACCGGGUUACCGAGUACCUGGAUAAACUCCUCCGCGCGCUGGAGCACAAGCGGAGCGAGAUUCUGUCCGACUUCGAGACUCUGAAAUUGACAGUGAUGCAAACGUACGACCCGGAGAUCAGCAAGCUGCGCGCGGUGCUAGAGGAACAGAGGCGCGCGCUCAGCAUCGCCGAGUCCUUCAGGUCCCUGUCGGACCCCCUCGCGUUCCUUCAGCAAAUGCAGGACUUUCGCGAGACUCUGCGCGUGAUCAAAGAGACGCCGCUGCCGUCGCCGCCACGGAACGACGACUACGUCGACGUGGGUCCCCUUGUUCGAAACUUUGACGUGCAGCAAUGGGAUUCGGUGAGGCUCGGCGAUGUAGACACCCUCUGCGCUCCGCACGAGAGCAACGCUCACCGGUCACCCGCCACCACAGCUGCUCCUCGCGUCUCUCCCGCGCUCUGGAGAUUCGUCCUGUUCACGUGUGUCGCGUGCCUGUCCGUCGCGGCACUAAUUCCGGUGGACUGCCUCGCACACACUACCCCGGAACGAGUGGCCGCCUUGAGUCGAGCUUACCUGCCGGCGCCCGAAGAGGUGUUCCACCUGGCCGCGUGCUGCUGGAGAGAGACGGCGGGACUCUGCUCCUUCCUGGUGGAGUUCUGUCAGAACUGUAUCCUAAACCUGAUUAACACCAGCGCAGACUUCAUCAGCUGAUGGGAAUGCGUUGACAGCCUGUUCGAUUGUAGUUGUUGUCGUUUGUUGUUGUUGCUGCUGCUGCUGCUGUUGCUGCGGUAUUUAUUGAGCCUUCCAGAACAAGCCUUAACAGUUCAAUUUCACCAAAUGUGUGAAAAAAAUAGUGUUUUCUAAAAUCGUUCUAAUAUGGUGAGUUGAAUCAUCCGGAGCAUAUAUGACAUGUCCUCCCACCGUCACUCAGAAUAUAAUCUGAAACGAAACCUAACCGAAACAAAACUGAAUCCGGCCGUUUUUUUCAGUCAAUGACAACAGAACCAAACUUCAGUGUAAUAUGUAAUAUUUCUAUGUCCGUGAUGAAGCCUGCCUUUAGCCUUUGCUGCUGGUCCGUUUAAACUCCAACUGCCGGGUAAGGGCAUAUGUAGGUCAGUGAAGACCUUUGUUUUUUACGCGUUUUACGUGUUUUUUUUUUUUUUUUACUUGUUAAUAUGUGUUCUGAAUGUGUCAGUUUAAUGUGUGCUUGUGUUGUUUUAAGAGAUCCCUGUGAGUGUGUACACACGCC